AUGUACGUUGGAGGUAAACCAGAUGCCACGCGAUAUCUAUUCCUGGGAGACUACGUUGAUCGGGGAUCGUUCUCUAUUGAAUGUGUGCUAUAUCUGUGGGCGCUGAAGAGCACCUACCCCGAGACUUUCUUCCUACUGAGAGGUAACCACGAAUGCCGUCAUUUGACCGAGUACUUCACAUUCAAAGCCGAAUGCGAAUACAAAUACGAUGGAGAGCUAUACGAUGCGCUCAUGGACUCCUUCGACUGUCUGCCCCUUGCGGCAGUGGUGAAUGAACAGUUCCUGUGCGUCCAUGGCGGACUUUCGCCCGAGGCCACCACUGUUGACGACUACCGCAGAGUAGAUCGUUUCAGAGAACCUCCAGCUUACGGAAUUAUGUGUGAUAUGCUGUGGUCCGAUCCCCACGAAGACUUUGGCAAUGAGCCCACAGACGAGCACUUUAUCCACAACAACGUAAGAGGUUGUUCGUACUUCUACACAUUCAAUGCCGCCUGCGCUUUCUUGGAGAAUAAUAAUCUGCUGUCCAUCAUCCGUGCCCACGAGGCUCAGGAUGCAGGAUACCGAAUGUACAAGAAGAAUGGUAUCACUGGGUUCCCGUCAGUCAUCACGAUCUUCUCGGCACCCAACUAUCUGGAUAUGUAUGGCAACAAAGCGGCCGUGCUCAAGUACGAGAACAACGUUAUGAACAUCCGACAGUUCAACUUCAGCCCCCACCCCUACUGGCUCCCCAACUUCAUGGACGUGUUCUCCUGGUCAAUGCCCUUCGUUGGUGAGAAGGUGACCGAUAUGCUGGUCGCCAUACUGAACAACUGUGCCGAUGAUGACAUGUCGAGUGAAUCGGAGGAGGAGUUAGAGCCGCCCAAGAAGGAGGAACCCGAGAUCAAGGCUACUGUGCCACCCAGAGAUCCCAACUCGUUGGAGGCGAGGCGUGAGAUUCUGCGCAACAAAGUGCUGGCUAUCGGUAAAAUGGCACGAUUCUUCCGUAUCUUGCGAGAGGAGCGCGAACAGAUUCUCAAGCUCAAGGGUCUCACACCCAACAGUGCGCUUCCAGUCGGAGUGUUGUCUAAGGGAGCGGAGGGUAUCAAAAAGGCUAUCAGUUCAUUCGAGCAGGCUAAAAUCGCAGAUGCAGAGAACGAGAGGAUGCCACCCAGAAGGGACUCGACUAUUAACCAGAGUAUAGAAGACGGGCUGAAUAAGAUAGCGUCUAUGAACGUGUCUGGUGACGAGGAAUCGACCAAAUAACGCACGACCACACAGAGAUAAACGCUAGAGAACCACGUACACGCCCUUCAUACAGCUGCCCGUCACCCGUGAUAUACACGUACGUUCGCUUAGCCAUAUAGCGUCGCCUUGAAACAGUUGUAGUUUGCAGGAAUAAUGCUAUGGACCCAGGAAAUGCGGAAGCGUUGGAAACAGCUGUUUUUAUCAGCGUUUUUUUUGUGUGGCGAUUGCGUGUGGAAACAUACUGAAUCACCAUGGCAGAUGGCGGAUUUAAGCUUCAGAUUUUAUUUAGUGGUGGUUCGAAGGAAAUAAAACAUAUACGCUAGUCUGAACUUCAACC